GGUUUUCCACCUUUUCCAGCGGCCGCGACAAGUCCAGCGAGGCGCUUCCUCCUCUCCUCUCCUCUCCUCUCGCGACUUCGCGGCGGCUCGCUCGCCUGAUCCAUCCGUGUCUCGCGCGGCGGCGCCAUGGCGGGGGAGGCUUCGCCGCCCGCGCCACCGGAGAUCCCCACGAGGUGCCACCACUGCGCCGGCCCCCUCUCCAAGGACAUGGAAACGAGCAGCUGGACGGUGCCUCCACUGGUUCGAGAUAGCUUCUCCAUGAUUGGUUCUGCUAUUGGGGGUACAGCUGGAGCAUUUUAUGGUUUCAACCACACUAUGCCUUUUGUUCGACGGUACAUAAAAGGGCCAAUGUGGAUGCAUUUUCUUGUUGGUGCACCUCCAGUUAUUGUCUUCUCUUCUGCAUGUGCUGGGUUAGCAGGUGGGACAAUACCAGCGCUUGCACAGCUGGUAUCAUCAUCCUAUCACUCAGCCACAGCGUCGUCCUUUGCCCACACAACUUCUCGUGAUGAAAUGCAUAAGGCCAGAAGCUCCUCGACAUUGUGAUCUACAGUGGCAGCAAAUUGUUAACUGGAAUCCUAACUAUCCAAAACACCAUAUACUAUUAUAAAUGUGCAUGUGUUACCACAUAUCAUCUGUUUUAUGAGGAAUGCUCUUGUAAAUGGUAAAACUUUCCCCUGUGGAAUAGUGCUUAUAUAUGUUCCCAAUUUUGCUAUUUAUCACCAUGCACAGGCUGUUAUUUUUGUUAUGGUGUCGCAAUAAGCCUGGAGUGUUGCGAAUUGUGAUCUGCUUUAACCUUCAGGAUGCCAUUUUCGUUUGCAAUAUAUAUGCACAUUACCUUUUGCUC